AUGGUGAGAGUAAGAAAGAGAACUUCCAAGAGAACUUCCACUCGUAUGAAGGAGGGUAUCAAGAAGAAGGCUGCUGCUCAACAUAGGAAAGAGCGGAAACUUGCUAAGAAGGAUGUGACAUGGAAAUCCAAUAAGAGUAAGGAUCCAGGUAUUCCGGCCAAUUUCCCGUACAAGAACAGGAUCAUCGAAGAGAUUGAAGCGAAGAGAAGAACUGAUUUGGAGGAGAAAGAACGUAGAAAGCAGGAAAGGUUAGAGGCUAAGAGAAGAACUCGUGAACUAGGUGAAGAUGUUGGUGAUGACGAUGAAUCUAUGGAUGAAGAUGAAAACGACGGCAACAAUGGUCUUUCUGCUUUGUUAGAAUCCGCUCAGCAAGCUGCAAAGGAGUACAAUGGGGAAGGUAUCGAUGAUACAAUGAAUGGAGAGCAAGAGGAUUUAGAGGUUGCUGAAUACGACGUAGACUUUUACGCUGACGCAGAUGAUGAUGAUUCUGAAUUAGAAAAGUCUAGAAAGGCUUACGAUAAGAUAUUCAAGACUGUGGUGGAUGCGUCCGAUGUUAUCCUUUACGUGCUAGAUGCAAGAGAUCCAGAAGGAACUAGAUCGAGAAGAGUGGAACAGGCCGUGCUUCAAUCCCAGGGUAAGAGACUAAUUUUGAUCUUGAACAAGAUCGAUUUAGUGCCACCAUACGUGUUGCAACAAUGGUUAACCUUUUUGAAAUCCUCGUUCCCUACUAUUCCAUUGAGAGCUGCUCCUGGUGCCACUAACUCCACAUCUUUCAACAGGACUUUGACUCAGGCUACAACUGCUUCAAGCUUGUUAGAAGCUUUGAAGACUUACUCCAAUAAUUCAAACUUGAAGAGAUCCAUCGUUGUUGGUGUCAUCGGUUAUCCAAACGUCGGUAAGUCGUCUGUCAUUAACGCAUUGACCUCUCGCCGUGGUGGUUCUUCUAAAGCAUGUCCAGUGGGUAACCAAGCUGGUGUCACUACAUCUAUGAGAGAAGUCAAGGUAGAUAACAAGCUAAAGAUCUUGGAUUCUCCAGGUAUUUGUUUCCCAAGUGAAAAUAAAAAGAUGAGUAGAGUGGAACAAGAAGCAGAGUUGGCCUUGUUGAACGCUCUACCUCCAAAAUUCAUCAUAGAUCCUUACCCAGCUGUGCUCAAAUUAGUGAAGAGACUUUCUAAAUCUGAAGAAAUGACUGAAAGUUUCAAGAAGUUGUACGAAUUACCACCUAUCCCAGCUGCCGAUGCAGACUCUUUCACCAAACAAUUCUUGAUCCAUAUCGCCCGUAAGAGAGGUAGAUUAGGUAAGGGCGGUGUUCCAAACUUGGCCAGCGCUGGUAUAUCCGUUCUUAACGAUUGGAGAGAUGGUAAGAUCCUAGGAUGGGUUCUACCCAAUGCUUCUAAGGAAUCUGCUGCAGAACAUGCUGCUACAUCUGGUGAAGCUAACCAACCAACUCUAGGUACUGGUGCUGUCGCAGCACCAGCUAAGGUGGAACAAACGACCAUUGUUCAAGAAUGGUCCAAGGAAUUCGAUUUGGAUGGUCUUUUCGCGUCAUUGGAUAACGCCAUUGAAGCUGAACAAGACAACUUAGGUAAUUGA